AUUUCUCUCUCCAGAAACCUAUCCUUUAAAACAGAGAUAUCAAACUGAAGUAAUUGUGUGUUGAGAAAUCAAUAGAAGAAGAAGAUGUAUAGAGAGAUUGUUGGGGUUCUUUUGAUUGUGGUGUUUGGAUGGGCAUAUCAAAUAGCAAGCCCUCCUCCUCCCAAAAUCUGUGGUUCUAAUGGAGGUCCACCCAUCACAGCAACCAGACUCAAGCUCAGAGAUGGAAGACAUCUUGCUUAUCAAGAACAUGGCGUCCCCAAAAUCAAUGCCACCCAUAACAUCGUCUUCCUUCAUCCUUUCGGCUCUUGUCGACUCGACCCCAACAUACUUACACCGGAAAUAGCAGAGGAGUUAGGAGUGUUUUUGGUUAGUUUUGACAGGCCUGGUUAUGGUGAAAGUGAUCCACAUCCAAGAAGAACAAUGAAGAGUUUGGCUCUUGAUGUACAAGAAUUGGCUGAUCAUUUGAAACUUGGACCUAAAUUCUACCUUGUUGGGUUUUCCAUGGGUGGUCAAGCUGCUUGGGGCUGUCUUAAGUACAUUCCACACAGAUUAGCAGGAGCAGCGUUAAUUGCUCCGGUUGUUAAUUACUGGUGGCCUGGUUUCCCUAACCAGUUAGCAAAAGAAGCUUAUUAUGAACAAUACCCACAAGAUCAAUGGGCAUUACGCGUUGCCCAUUACUUUCCUAAUUGGUUCACUUAUUGGUGGAACACUCAGAAAUGGUUCCCUUCUUCCAGUGUUGCAUCAGGAAAAGGCAAUUACACAACCCAAGACAUUCAAAUCAUUGCUGGGAUCAUGGCUGCUAGCUCCGGCCAAACUCCUCGAGACAUGGUAACCCCAACUCAACAAGGACGGCAAGAAUCUAUCUUUCGCGAUAUGAUGGUUGGAUUUGGGAAAUGGGAAUUUGACCCGAUGGAAUUGGAGAAUAGUUUUGAUGAUGGAUCGGUGCAUUUAUGGCAAGGAGACGAAGAUGGAUUAGUUCCGACCAAAUUACAGAGAAAGAUUGCGGAAAAACUGCCGUGGAUUCAGUACCAUGAGGUACGAGGUGCAGGGCAUCUGCUCCCAUUUGCAACUGGAAUGAGAGAAGCCAUUUUCAAUGCACUUCUCAUAAAGAAAUAAUUAUAAUUAUGGUUUUGUAUUUGUAUUUGUUUCGAGAACUAUAUUAAUAUAUUUUAAAAUAAUUAUAAUCUUAUUAAUUGAUUGUUAUAACUUAUAA